AUGGCUUCAGUCAACAUGUCACAAUGUGUCGAUGCACUAGCAACUGCGUCUCCCCCGAGCAACAAAAUCCCUAAACUCGAACCUCGCCGCCGACGCGGAGCUCCCUCUAACCCGACUCCUCGCCCCGAGACACCCAUAUUACCUCCGCCUCCGAACCUCGACGAUCAUGUGUACAAGACGCCCUCAAGAAGGAUUUUAUCGCCAACUGACCUUGGGUCGUUUCUUUCAUCGCCUACAUAUAACCUAAUCCUAGCGUUCGUCUUCGGCCUGUCCGAGUCUGUUCAGGACACUGCUCGUUCCGCCGUUAAGGACAGCGAGCUUAGCCCGUCCGUCCGCGCGAUCAUUCAUAUCUUGGACGAAGCGGACACUCUUGUAAAAGAUUCGCCUCCAAAUGACCAAGGUGGCUCGCGUUUCGGAAACAAGGCUUUCAGAACCUUUCUAGACUUGGUGAAGGAGAAGGGAGCUGGAUGGCAAAGUCAACUAGGCGUCAACAAUGCCGCUAGCGAUGAGAUUUCGGUCUACUUGGAGCACUCGUUUGGAAAUCGAGCGCGCAUAGACUAUGGCUCAGGACACGAACUUAAUUUCAUCAUGUGGCUGCUCUGCCUGUACCAGCUGCAGAUCCUAACUAAGGAUGACUUCAAGCCCUUGGUCCUCAUGGUCUUCAGCAGAUAUCUAGAGCUUAUGCGGAACGUCCAGUUGACGUAUUACCUUGAGCCGGCUGGUUCGCAUGGCGUUUGGGGCCUAGACGAUUACCAGUUUCUCCCAUUUUUAUUCGGCGCCUCGCAGCUGCUGCACCACCCAUUCAUCACGCCCCUGGCGAUUCAUCAAGAGCUUACACUGGAGGAGUUUAGCGAUGAGUUUUUGUACCUCGGGCAGGUCAACUUUGUCAAUGGCACGAAGACGGUGAAGGGCCUGAGGUGGCACAGUCCGAUGCUGGACGACAUUUCCGCCGCAAAAUCGUGGACCAAAGUCGAGGGCGGGAUGCGCCGCAUGUUCGUUGCUGAGGUUUUAAGGAAACUGCCUGUGAUGCAGCAUUUUCUUUUUGGUUCUCUGAUUCCGGCGGUGGAUGGAAUGAGUAAAGAGCAGGAGCUCGGGUUGGAUUCAGAGGAAGAGGGGACGGAAGGGGGAGAGAUCUCAACAGUACCCAGUGGUAGCCACAAGCAUCAACACACCGGCUGGGGCGACUGCUGUGGCAUCAAGGUCCCGAGUAGUCUGGCUGCCUCUCAAGAAAUGAAGAAGAAAGGCACUCAUGAGACUUUGAGAAGGAUACCCUUCGAUUAG